AAUGGCGACCGGACGACUUGCUGAACCCUACAUACGUGUUUGAAAUCAUAGAAAAAUCAUUUUUCAAGUUGAUUUACGGUGUAAAGAACACAAUAUUAUUGUAUAAUAUAUUAUUAAAAAUACGCUUCAAACGUUGUGCUGUGUUUUGUUGCUACAAAGUGCGUCGAAAAAGUGCCUGAAACUGCCAUCGUUGGUCUUGGAAAGAACAUGGCGAGACUAACUAGAGUAUAUAAUACUGAUGAAGAUGAUUCUAACUAUGUGGGCAAAAGGCAUUUACCUUUGGUGGCAGGCGAUAAGCUAAUGAUGCUAAUGGACCUGAACAGCAAAGGACUUGUCAUUGACAGCCCACAGAUACGGGGUCGCGAACUGGAGGAAUUCUCACGAAAAUUUAAUCUGCUCACAGAGACGGAACGCAAGCAAUCGCUUGUGAUUGAUAGCACCGGCUUCAUUUCGGUGCUCAAUCAGUGCGUUCAGUGUGUGGGAUGUCGGCGACGGGUGGAGCGUUUGUUUUACCAGCUAGCUGAGUCUGGACAUCGAACGGUUGAUCCGCUUGAGCUGCGAGACAAUUGUACCCUGGGUAUAACGGAGGAAAAAUUGAAGACGCCGCAAGCACUUGGCACACUGUUAUAUCGGCAUCACGAGGUGCUGAACAAUCUGCUCGAUAAUAAGCUGCGCAACAAAACGCGCUGUGUGCUGCAUUCGUUAGACACGUUCCGUGCCAAACCAUUUUCGGAAACAUGGCGUGAAGUGUGGUCAGCGAUGAAAAGUAGUUGUCGCACGGAGGUGACCAUAAUUGAGAUGAAGGAAUUGCACGAUGUGCUCGACAAGUAUCUGAAAAAGCACAAGUUUUGUGCCGGCUGUCGCACAAAGAUCGAGCGUGCCUAUAAAAUACUCAUUGGCGAGGUAUCCACCAAGGAGAAGGGCUAUGCGGCGCAGCUGUAUGCGCACAUACGCAAAUGUGUCGCCGACGAACACAUCCAUGUGAGCACGAAUAAAAUUGAGUUCCUUGACGCGCUAAUCAAGCGUGCCGAACCGGAGGUAAAUGGAAGCUACUCGAAGCUGCGCGAACGCCAUGCGAAAACGCUGGAAAUUGCACAGGAGGAAGUGCUCACAUGCGUCGGCAUGAUCAUGUACGAGCGCUUGCGUCGCAUUUAUGUUAGUCUGCGAGAAGAGGAGCGCGCCUGCCAAGUGCUGGCCGCAGUGGGUGUACAUGCGCUCUGUCGCAGCUUUCAUGAGCGUGUGGAGCAGAAACAGGGUAUUAGCAACUUGGAGCUGCUCUAUCAGGAGAUCAGUCGUGCUGAGAAAGCUAAGGAACUGAAGCGCGAGCAGAAGAAGCUCAAGAAGAAGAAGAAGAAGGAUGAGAAAAAGAAUAUGCAUCGUCUGUGUGAAAACGAUAACAAUGCGAACGACGUUGCCGAAACGGACUACGAGGAAGAAGAGGACGGCGUAAUUGGUGAGGCUGAAGCAGACACUGAAACAACUGUGGAUGCUGUUGUAGAUGAUGCCGACGACGACGGUAUUGUUAUACUCUGUGCGGACGCUGAUGCUGAUGCUGAUGCAGAUGCAGAGCCAGAGCCAAAGCCGCCGACGCCAAGUGACAAACCAACGAAAUCGAAAUCGAAGAAGCAACCGAAGAAAAAGAAGCAAAAAUCUGUUAGCAAAAAAGCUAAAAAGUUGUUGUGUGUUGAUGAGCACCUGGACGUCGUGUCCAAGGCUACAAAAUGCAAUGACUGCUUAGCACCCAUGCCCAAUUGUCCCUGCGAGCAGGAUGUGCGCGACUCUGGCUAUGGCAGCGAUCCACACGCAUCUCAUGCCAAUUCGCGCAUCUCAAGCGCAGUCUCGUCUCUGGAAGGCUCCGAAGUUUCUUGCUCGGACGGACUGUGCAAUCAUCAUCAUUAUGACAUAAUGGUGGUAGAUGAAGCGGAAGACUCAGUUGAUGAUGUUACGGCACCCAACAGUUAUGUCUCCGAUUCGGUCUAUGGUCAGCAGACACAAUCGGACGACAAGUUCUCAUUGCUGCAGAUGUGGGACUUUUUUGACGAUAAGGACGAUGAGAACUGUUGUUACAUUCCCCAAGAGGUGGUGCUGGCCUAUCAAUACCAGCGCGAGCAAGUACAGCGUCAACGCGAACAGCUGCGUGCCACAUUGCGUCAGAACUUUGAGCGCAUGUGUCUGCAGCAUGGUGUGCCCGUAGGAACACCCACCAAUGCCACCUCAACUGGCCAUUAUAACCUGCAUUAAACCGUUGUAGUUAUUCAGUCGCGCGACGCGGCGCUUGCAUUCAAAAUACAUACAUAUAAUUUUUUU